AUGUUGUAUUCGAGGUGGUUAUUAUUGUUGGCUUCGGCCCAUGCUCAUGGAGCCACUGUUUGCCCGAUCCUUGGACCUGCAUUCCCUGCACCGACUACACUAUCAAAAGAUGAAUCCUUUCUUUCAGCAACCGAAGAGCUAACCUCGAAGCUCCACAAAGCAAUUGACAAUGGAGAUCUACCCUCAAUAUCGUUUGCACUGCAGAUAUUCAACGGCCAAGAGCCUGGUUCGGCAUUCAGCUUCUAUCACACCGAUGACAUAAUUAAGUCUGGAAAUGUUGGCGUGAACGAAAUUGACGAGAAUACUAUUUUCCGCAUUGGCAGCAUAUCAAAGCUGUGGACAAUGUUUCUCUACAUGACCUUUGGUGGAAUCCGACACUUCCCCGAGCCUAUUACAAAGUACAUAUCCGAGCUACGUGCAAACCAGAGCUCUUCAAAGCCACCAAAUGCGAUCGAUCAUGUACAGUGGGAAGAUGUGACUAUCGGUGAGCUGGCAAGUCACCAGGCUGGUAUUUUGAAUAAUUAUGGACUCUUGGACCUGGGGUCUCAGCAGAAUACCCUUCAGAACCAAGGAUUUCCUGAAUUAUCCGAGUCCGAGCAGGUACCAUGCGGAAACACUCGCCCGUGCGACAGAGCAGAAUUCUUUGAUGGAGUUCUAGAAAGACCGGCAACUUCGUAUACUCCACUAUACUCCAAUUCAGGAUACCAACUCCUCGGAUACGCCUUGGAGUCUAUACUAGGUGCCAGCUAUGAGGAUAUUUUGCUUGAUCGACUUAUCAAGCCACUCAAUUUGACUCAGUCCAGUCUCAACGCACCCAACCCCGAUCUGGCGGUGAUACCGUACAAUGAGACGGUCAGCUGGUUCGACUUUGAAUUGGGCGACGCAGGAAGCGUCGGGGGAAUAUACUCAUCCACAAAAGACAUGGCAACCUUCGGUCGUGCAAUUCUCUCAAAUGCCUUGAUUGAGCCUGCAAUCACAAGACGAUGGCUCAAACCAGCAGCACACACAUCGUCCCUACGCGGCUCUGUCGGGGCGCCGUGGGAAAUAUACAGCCAUUCAACGCCUCGCCGGGUCGACCUUUACAGCAAAGCCGGGGACAUCGGAUCGUAUUCCAGCUUCCUAGGCCUGUCCCCCGACCACGACACCGGGUUUACGAUCUUGGUUGCUGGCAGCAGCAAUACGCACCAGUCAACAGCCGUGAUUGCAGACAUAGUUGCGGACACAUUGCUACCGACGCUUGACACGGUCGCCAGAAACCAAGCAUUGGAGCGUUUCGGGGGAGACUACGCAUUAAGUACUGGCGGUUCUAAUUCCUCCAUUACCAUCAGUGCAGAUGAUAGCCCCGGUUUACACGUUGAGAGGUGGAUCAGCGACUCAGUGGACAUGUACGAAACACUGAUGACUCUGACAGGAGUCACAGAUCCCUCUGCGAUAAGCAUCCGCCUUCAACCGAAUGGUCUUCAGAGCACAGGUCGGAUUCGAUUUUCGGCUGUGAUAUACGCACUGGAGACUCCGCCAGAUGCUGGGCCCAUUUCUGGCAGCUGUGUCUCGUGGUUCUUAGUCGACACGUUCGUGUACGGCAAUGUCGGCCUAUCUGAUUUCGAGUUCGACCUGGAUGAUGACGGAUAUGCGACAAGUAUCUCGCCUCAGGCAUUGCGCAUCACUCUCCCGAGGGUCUAA